AUGCGAUCUUUCUGGGUCUCUGCAGGUCAAACGAUGGGUGGUCGCCAACCACCUCUCGAAGUUGUCGUCCCACGCGAUCGGUUUGUGCUGGCACUCAUGAACGAGCGUGCAAACGCCUCAGCCGUGCCUCAGCGACGAUCGCCAACGGAAGUUCACGACGACGUCGUAAUGAGGACAAACGACGAUCGCCUCGAUGGUGGUUCUUCAUCUCGACUGGUUUGCGCCGCGAUCGGUAAUGAUGAUGACGAUGACACGAUUAAUUAUUGA